AUGGCAGUCGAAACGACCGACUAUUACGAUAAAUCUGAUCAGCUACCGUUGCAAGUCAUGCAGCUCCAGUCCAAGGACCACGAAGAAAUCCUCAACGUCAUAGAUCAGCUGAGGUCGGAAGGCAUUGGCAGAUAUAUCAAUUUACCGCAACUGAUCGUAUGCGGGGACCAGUCUUCUGGCAAGAGCUCUGUGCUGGAGGCUAUUUCAGGACUAGGGUUCCCAAUCAAAGACAACCUUUGCACGCGGUUUGCUACCGAACUCAUUCUAAGAAGGUCCCCAAACUUGAGCGUCAUCGCGUCAAUCCAUCCAGACGAAGAUCGGCCAGUUGCAGAGAAAGCGCGCAUCCGACAAUUCAAAUCGUCAACGGUUGAUCUCAGGCAAUUUGCAGCUAUCGUCAAUGAAGCUGAAAAACAUAUUGGCGUAGGUCAAGACGGUCAUGCUUUUUCAAAGGACAUUCUUCGAGUGGAGGUCUCAGGUCCCACACAGCCUCACCUCACCUUGGUCGAUCUCCCAGGUCUCUACCAUGCCCAUGACGAAUUCCAAAGUGCUGAAGGAGUUGAUUUUGUGGAGUCUUUAGUGCUGUCCUAUAUACAGAAUGAACGAAGUGUUAUUCUGGCAGUCAUCUCCGCUAAGAGCGAUAUAGCACUGCAAAAAGUCACCGCCUUCACCCGUAAGGUCGAUCCAAAAGGCAAUCGAACGAUGGGCAUCAUUACCAAGCCAGAUACCCUCCCUGAAGACUCUGACAUGGAAAGAUCUUUCCUCCAGCUGGCCAUGAAUAAGCGUGUACCUUUCCGGCUCGGUUGGCAUGCGCUUAGAAAUCGAGACCACAAAGAACGUCACUUCUCACUCGACCAGCGACGUGAGAAAGAGCUCGAGUAUUUCGCAAGCGGUAUAUGGGCGUCGUUGCGACGUUCUUCAGUCGGCAUUGAUUCACUGACACCGAGAUUAAGUACUGUUUUGAGAGAUCAUAUCCUUUCUGAACUUCCAGGACUUAUUGCCGAAACCCAACAGUCCAUACGCGAAACUGCCACCAACCUAGAAAGACUAGGAGAAUCUCGGCAAACAAUAGCCGACCAACGGCGUUAUCUCCUACAUAGUAGUGAGAAAUUCACUACUCUAAUGGCUGAUUCUAUUAACGGGUUCUACAUUGACUCUUUUUUUGGCGAUGCGAUGGAGGUUGAGGGUUAUCAGAGAAGGCUUCGAGCCAUAUUCCAAAAUCGUCUCUCCGAUUUCAGUGAAACAUUGGAAAGGCAGGGGAUGCAAAGAACAAUUGUAGAGGACGAAGAAGAAGACAAACCACCUAACAUUAGCAGCUCCUGGAUUCUCCGCUCCUCAUUUGUUAGCGAGGUUAUUGAGCGUAUGCGACGAAGUCGUGGGCGGGAACUUCCUGGUACCUUCAACCCCCUGAUCGUCGGCGAUCUGUUCUACCUACAAUCCCGGCCGUGGGAGUCCAUUACGAGAGUGUGUAUUGAUCAGUUGCUUGGAGAUGUGCAGCGAGCUAUCUUGCCAAUGUUACGGUACGUCCUGGAUGAAGUUACCCUCACUGGGCUUCGAGACCACGUCCUUAACCCAGCUCUCGAUGAAAUUGAGAAAGCUAUGAGACGAAAGUCCGAGGAACUUCUUAAACCUCAGCAAGCAGGACACCCCAUUACGUAUAAUCACUACUUCACUGAUAACGUACAAAAAGCUCGAGCGGACCACCUUCGUAAAUCCAUGACAGAAAGACUGAAGAAAUUCUUUGAUAGUCAAAACCCUUAUGAAGAAUCUGCGCAUCGGCAAUGGUGGUUUCGAAUGGACCAUUUAAUUGAUGCUUUAACAGUGAAAAGUAACGCCGAUAUGGAACACUUUGCCGCUUCCGAAGCCGUGGACUGUAUGCAAGCAUACUACAAGGUCGCGAGAAAAAAAUUCGUAGAUGAUUUCAGUAUCCUCGCUGUCGAGAAAUGUCUUCUGGAGCCUUUAGCAGUCAUAUUCUCGCCACACGUUGCAGACAGACUGGCAGAUGACGUUAUCGGACUGAUUGCAUCAGAAGAUACAAGCACGAAAAAUGAGCGUGGACACCUUCAGGAGAAACUGACCAGGAUGCAGGACUGUAUGAAUAAGCUUCGUCGACUGGACCGAUACAACCUAUCUGCUUCGAGAAUCAUUAGCGGAGUUCUGGAUCACGAUUCUGCCGAUUUGGCUUCUGGUGGCCACGACCACGACAACGUCGAAGUGGAGAAUCAAGGAGAAGAGCCUGAUGAUCUAAUAGUGGGUGCGGAAACGGAUUGUAAUCGGAGCGAGAAGGCCGAGGAAAUACCAUUUGACUCGACCUCCAUAGGUCCGCGGCCGAGUUUGGUAAGGGACUUGAUAUCAUCUUUCAAAGGCGAGGUUGAAGAGCCGCCUUCGUCAGCCUCCCGGACGAGGAAAAAGAAAGCCCAACAGCAGAAAUCAUUGUGGGAAGAUGUCUAA